AUUGUUCCGAUCGCGAUACAGAUGGCGUCCCAGGCAGUGUGCAAGGCGCAGGGCGUCGUGGUGGGUGCCCUCCGCACCUCGGUGCUGGCCCGGCCCGCCCCCAGGGCUGGCGUGCUGGCCCCCAUGUACUCCACCAAGACCCAGGUGUUCGCCCCCCGCCCGAUGGGCGUGCGCUCUCGCAAGAUGGCCACCGUGACCAAGGCCUCUGCUAACGGGGCUGGCCUGAAUAUCGACCUCCGGGGCAAGAAGGCCUUCAUCGCCGGUGUGGCGGACGACCAGGGCUUUGGCUGGGCCAUCGCCAAGUGCCUGGCGGAGGCGGGCGCGGAGAUCAGCCUGGGCGUGUGGGUGCCCGCGCUCAACAUCUUUGAGACCAGCUUCCGGCGCGGCAAGUUUGACGAGUCGCGCCGCCUGUCCAACGGCUCCCUCAUGGAGUUUGCCCACAUCUACCCGAUGGAUGCCGUGUUUGACACCAUGGACGACGUCCCCGCAGACGUGAAGGAUAACAAGCGCUACGCCGGCAACGAGGGCUGGACCGUGAGCGAGUGCGCCGCCAAGGUGGCCAAGGACUGGGGCAAGAUUGACAUCCUGGUCCACUCGCUGGCCAACGGGCCCGAGGUGCAGAAGCCGCUGCUGGAGACGAGCCGGCGCGGCUACCUGGCCGCCAUGUCCGCCUCCUCCUACUCAUUCGUCUCCCUGCUGCAGCGCUUUGGCCCGCUCAUGAACGAGGGCGGCGCCGUCAUCUCGCUCACAUACGUGGCGGCCGACCGCGUCAUCCCCGGCUACGGCGGCGGCAUGAGCAGCGCCAAGGCGGCCCUGGAGAGCGACACCAAGGUGCUGGCGUACGAGGCGGGACGCAAGUACAGCGUGCGCGUCAACACCAUCUCCGCGGGCCCCCUGGGCUCCCGCGCCGCCAAGGCCAUCGGCUUCAUCGACGACAUGAUCAGGUACUCGUAUGAGAACGCCCCCAUCCAGAAGGAGCUCGCCGCCACCGAGGUCGGCGCCGUGGCCACCUUCCUCUGCUCGCCGCUCGCCUCGGCAGUGACCGGCCAGACGGUGUAUGUGGACAACGGCCUGUCGAUCAUGGGCCUGGCUGGGGACAGCAAGACCCUGGACCGUGCCAACGCCUGAGCCCUGCAGCCCAGGCAGCUGCACAUGCCGCAGCGCGCCGACCGGCCAGCACCCUUUCCCGAGUGCUUCGGCCGCGGCUAGCCUGGCCCCGCCCCCCUGCGCCCUCGCCGCGUCCCCGGCAGCAGCCGGGGGUGGCACCAUGCAUAGCAUUUGCACAGCACUGACCUGCCCUGCCGGUGGCCCGCUGGGCUGCGCCCCAGCGGCUUGUUGCAAAUUUGAUUUCUUUCCGCGUGCUGCACCUGCAUUGCUCGCGCGCCGGAUGAGUGGCGCUCCCGCUUUUUGUCAGUGUCCCUCCCGUCUUGAGUGCAUGCGAGAACCGGCGCGGGGUGGCCAGCUCGCCAUUCAUUGCACUGCCCCUGUGCCCUUUCCUGCUGGCGUGGAUUUCAACGCCUGCUUGACGCUACCUGCUCCCUCUCCAAGCUGUAAACACUUGAUGCC